ACUCGCCUGCUGAUUGGCUCUUUCCGUGGCCGGGGCGGGGCCAACAGCGUUGAAGGAAAAGGCGCGAGCGGGGGUGGCGGCUGGAACAACAGAUCGGUCGCGGGAUGGCAGCGGCUGGGCAGGCCCGGGAGCUCCUGGCCCAGCUGGAUGAGGCGCUGGCUUUCGAGGGGCCGACCCGAGAGGAGCUGGAGGCGGAGCUGCCAGCCAAAGUCCUGGUGGAGCAUGCUGUGGACACACGGAAGAAGCAGAAGUGGAUGUGCAGCCAGCUCCACGUGGUCAAAUUCCUGCUGGAAUUCUUGGACCAGAGGGACUCAGCCCCCUUUGACCAGAAGACCACAGAGGCAGCCGUCCGGAGCGAGAUGGUGCAAGCCAAGCAGCAGUGGAAGGAGCUGAAGGCCGGCUACCAGCAGCGGGUGGAAGCCAUCGAGGGGGCAGUGCCCCAUGUGCUGGCCCAGCUGGAGAAGGGACAGCACCUGGCGCAGCGGCUGAAGGAGGCUCUGGCGCGAUACGAGGCCCAGAGACACGAGGCUGAGAAGGCGGCAAGGGACGCCCAGGAAAGACGGCAGAAGGAGCAGGAGCAGCUGGAGGAGCGGCAGCAGCAGCUGGAGGAGCAGGCGGCUUUGCUGCGGAGUCGGGUGGAGGCUCAGCGCCAGGAACUGCACCGGCUGCAGGGGGAGCUCCAGAGCCAGGAGUGUGUCGCCAGUGGCUGGAGGGAGAAGGUGGAGAGGAGCUCUGCCCUUUGCCAGCUCUUGGAGACUCUCCAAGGGGUCCGGCUGGUCUCUGCCUCUGCUGAUGGAAUUGACAUGGAGCUGACGCCCGGCCCCCAGCCGACGACCCCUGACCCCCAGGCAGCGACCCCCAACCCCCAGCCGCUGAGGCUCACCUUGUGCUGGACGGAGGAUGGGAGCAUCAGGGUGCGGAGCCACAGUCCCCUCUUCCCACCCCCCGCGCCCUGCGCUGACGUCCGCAGCACCGUCCUGGAGCUGCAGCACAGCUACAGCCAGCUGGCCCCGCUCCUGACUGAGAUCCAGGCCCUCCAGACCAGGUUCCCCAUUGACUGGCAGCCCCAGGAGCGCCGGCUCCGCUUCCUGCAGCCCUCUGCCGUCUGGACGCUGGCGGUGGAGCCGGGAUAUCCGGGGGGUGGGGGGGUCCGACUGCUGGCGGUGCAAGGGCAGCGUGGCCCUGGGGACCCCGGGGCCUGGAAGCCCCCCCAGGAAACCCCAUCCCUGCGUGACUGGCUGGAAUACCUGAGCACCCUGGACAUCUGAGCACCCCUCUGGGCCCCAGAGCCCCUUGUGGGGGAGAGGCGGGGGGGUGGGGGGGGAAGCUGUCCUGUAAUAAACACACGUUUGUAAAGUGUUGUGAUCACCCCUCGUUGGGGGAGCCCUAGAUCACGGGCACCAGAUGGGUUCCACAAGCAGCCCACGAUCCACCCUUGGGAGACGGAUACUGACCCUUCCCCUCACCCUCCAGCCCCCGUGCUGGCGUCCCCUAGAGGGGACAGGCCCCAGUCCCCAAUCCUCACCCCCUUUGCUGCAUCUGUGAGCCUGUCCGUAUGUCGUUCCCCAUCUGGCCACAAGGUGGGGCUCUUUCCCUGUUCAGUUUUACUUGCUAACGGGGCGGGGGGUGCAUGCGUGUCUGUGGUCCCCUGCCCCUUCUCAGAUGGGAGGAGCUCAGACCUGCCCCCCCAUCUGGGAUCAU